AUGGCGGACAAAUCUCCUUCUCUCAUUCCCUUUCUGGGUGCCAUGACGGCCGCGCAGAAGGACGCGACAUACUCCUCGGGUCGAGGUCCUGUAGCGCCGUACGCCAACCUUCAAGACAUGGCUCAAGACCCCUACCCUCCCCAGUCGUACCAUACCCGGAAGCCCUCCCGGUCCAUCCAUAUCGACUUGACCGGCUGGGAACAAAAGGCUAUCCCCAUCACCGAGGGGGGACCAGGCGGUGCAGUUUUAUACACAGCCGACCUGACGAGAAGCACCUCUCAGAUGAGAUUCUUCGCCGGGCAAUCGCAGACAACGCUCGCGACUGUCAACGCCCAAGCUCCGAACUCACGCAUCGCGGUCAACAUGCAUGGACAUAAUAUCACCAUGCAUAUCACAACCAGGCUGCGCAAGGAGGCGAAGUACGGAUCUCCGUCGCUGCAAAAUGCUCCCAUGACGUGGAAGAGCCAGAGCAUGAAGGUGGUCGACUUUGAGCUGCGCGAUGGAAACGCCAUUCCCCUGGCGCAGUUCAACCCUCAUCCCUCCUGGUCACGACGAGAAGCCGGCCGGUUGGACCUUUUCGGCCCCAGCGUUAGCAGUGGGCGAUUGAUGGAGGAGAUUGUGGUUACGGCGGUGGCUUUGGUUCAUUCGACGAACAUACAACUGGAGGAAGCUGCAGGUGGACCUGGGCCAUCGUAG